UUGAUUUAAAAUUGUUUGGACGUCCAGAAUUAAUUUCUAAAUGGAAGAGAACAAUUUGAUUUAUGGUUUGGAAUUGCAGGCUCGGGCUCUAACGCCACAAUACGGCGAAGGCAAUGAUGUCUGCUUUUUUAUAGCCACCAACUCGCUGAAGCCCACCAAUCAGUUGCAUCUGUUGCAAUAUGACGAGGAGCAGGGCACCAUACAAUCAAAAAUCUUCGAGCAUGCACUGGGUGAGGUUUGGAAGCUGAAUAGCUGUCCCCACGAUGCGCAUUUGCUGGCAUCCGUGUACAACGUACAAAAAGGGGCUCAAGUGCUUUCACAGGCAGCACUUUUAACUUUGCCGAAUGACGAUUCAGGGAAUAAAAAGGAUGCUGAGCCCAUCAAAAGUGAAUAUAUACCAUGGGCCAAAAUUGAGGUGCUAGACACCGCUGACUGGGGCGAGCGUGUGAAAACUGUUGAAUUCCAUCCAAGCCAAGAGCAAACGUUGGCCUGUGUGGUGGGCAAUAAAUUGGCUGUAAUGCAGCGCGCAGAAGCAUCUACUCGCGUGAUAGCCGAAGUCAGCAGUAGUACCAGCGGUGCCAAGCACACGUCACCAUUUACUACUGGCAAAUGGUCGCAUCAUCAUCAGGGACAUCAGUUCUUGGCCUUGCAUGACACGAGUAUUCGGGCGUAUGAUGUGCGGGACACUCAACAUUGCGCGUGGAGUAUAGAGGACUCACAUGGACAGUUCGUACGCGAUUUAGACUGUAAUCCUAAUAAACAGUGUCAUCUAGCGACAGGUGGUGAUGAUGGAUGUCUAAAAGUGUGGGACUGUCGCAUGGUUAAGGCCCCAGUAUUCGAGCGCAGCGAUCAUUCGCACUGGGUGUGGUCGGUACGGUUCAACACAUUCCAUGACCAAUUAAUACUAUCCAGCUCCAGUGAUUGCAAGGUUCUACUAACCUGUGCAGGGUCAGUGAGCUCAGAGGCUCCAGGCAUUGAUGAUAGCGAAGAAAUUGGAACGGGCGCUUCUCAGGAGAGGCAUAAAGUGCUUUCAGAUGGCUUACUACAGACCUUCGACCAGCAUGAGGACUCUGUGUACUGUGCAGAAUGGAGUAAUGUAGAUCCUUGGAUUUUCGCAUCGUUAAGUUAUGACGGCCGCGUUAUAAUUUCAAAGGUACCGAAACAAUACAAGUACCAAAUCAUUAUGUAACCUAUUGCAUAUACUGAAUAUUCCACUAGAACGUAUAAUAAAUAUUGUUUA